UCAUUAAACCAAAACACAAACCGGUUAGAUCAUUUAUCUCCUGGUUUCAAGUCAGCUCAUAUUUGGCUUGCGUGGAUUACUCACAGACAUUAAUAAGCAACGAAACGGCAAGUCUACCCCCACGUGGCACAGUGGGAAUAGAGCUACCUAGUAAAAUGCCGUUUGGGUAUGUUCACUACACGUGUUAACCUACGCAAGUCCACUAUAACGCAUUUAGCCUAGUGAAUCAAAUUCGCUAGUAUGCGGUUGGUUCGAUCUGAGGAAAAACAUGUUUUCAACACAUGUACACAAAUGCCAAGUUACUCACACAUUCAAAGCAGUUCGCUGGAGUCAAGUUAUUUCAGUUCUGCGACGAGAAGAGAACGGUGUGAACAACGGAACUUUUUAAAGCGAAAUUGAUGGAGAUGCAUAUAUCCAUCUGGAAAGCUGGCUCGCCGCCAUCAAUGAAAGAAUGCAACGCGUGCUGCCAGUGUUUAUUCCACUGCCCACUGUGCCCAACCUUCAAACCAUUGAAGAAGGCAAAUAUUCAGAGGCAUGUGGGAGCCCAUGCAAAAAAUGCAGUGCAUUUCAAAUACAAAUACAUCUGCCGAUGCAGGUUGCCAUGCAGGACUGAGGCUCAUUAUCACUGCCCUUUAUGUGAGAAGACCCGUAUACUUCAAUAUUUCAAGAGACAUUACAAAGACUUCACAUUUAAUGUGUGUGUGGAUGAAACAAAUGGCAUAUUUGCAGUUCGAAGAAGUGGUCAUUAACAUUAGUCUAUUUACUUUUCAGGUGGGCGAUGGCUGCUUUGAACUGAUAGAGAAAAUCGCUCAGUCAAAGGGGAAGAGCAUUUACAUUGAGGAUUUGUAUGUCACCCCAACUUGGCUGCCUCCAAGCAACUGUGAUCCAGUGAUAAGCCUUCCUAGCGAUGCUCAGUGGAAGGAUGCACUUCUCUUCCCUCUGUGGACACCUGGGCACUUCCAGUUGUGUGUAUCUUGCUAAGAGUAUAAGUCCAGGGGACUGGUUGGAAAAUACUGGCUUUGAGUUGGAGGUAUUACUUGAUGGGUUUCCAACUCAAGACUUUGGAUGUGACUGUGGAAACUUCAUGUUGAUGUCUGCCUUGUACGUGGCACUGGAUGCCUCUUUUGAUUACACCAUAGCUGCCAUUUCAGCGAAGUCAAGCCAGAAGGACUGUAUGGCAAGCGAUCUAAAGGUUUGUGCUUAUCAGUGCUCAGUAGACACAGGGACGAGGCUGCUGUAUCCAGACGUGCAGACCAUUGAAUGGGUGCAAUGCUGCAAAUGUAAAGGGUGGCGCCACACAGACUGUGCUGGUCUAUCCCAUCCUCAUUUGAGGGCUGAGACAUUCUGUUGUGGAUGUGACGCUAGCAACACCUGCAAUAGAACAAUUGAAUUGUUGGACGUGCAUGGCGUCCAGGGUCUGUUAUCCACAGAUGAAAUAAAGAGCUUGCAUGAGCAGUUAAAAGCGGGCAGUAAGAAGUCCAGCAGGAUGUACCUGUGGGAGAACCCUGCGGCAUCCCUGAAUCUCGAACAGAGUUUGAAGCCGACUAUGCUUCAUUUUGACCAGACUGUCAAGCACAUGAAGCAGAUUGCAUCUGCUACCGGUGUGCAAGAACAAAUUGAUGGGGGUGAAUUUAAUAUGAUGGACUACCUCUUUGAUGUCCUACUACUAGAGGUCAUCAUCAGAAUUUUGGAGAAGUGUGAGGGCUUCAGCUGCUAUCGGACAGAAUGUGCUAUUGCCAGUGGAAUUAAAUUCACAAAUAAAGGCUGAAGACAUGUGA